AUGAUUAACAUUCCUUCUGUGAUAAUAAAUUUAUUAAUUUUGACAAAAAUGUCAUUAGUAAAACCUAUCACAUGUAAUUAUAAAUUCUGUUAUCUAUCAUAUAAUAUGAACGAGUUGAAAACCACUCCGAGGUCCAAGUUCCUAUUAUACACAGAUUUGCUUGAAACUUCAUUCGAAGAACUAGAAGUUACCAAAAUUGAAACUUCAAAAUACGCACCUUAUCCAUACUACGAUGCCCCCAAGAACUUAUUUUUCAACACAUCAAAGUUAACUAAAUUCAAUGAAAAUAGAAAUGAUGAUAUACAAGAGUCUGAAAUCCAAACCGAAUAUAUGAAAAACGCCAAACUUAGAAGGUUUUGGGCCAAAUUAACUAUAAUUUUUAGGAAAGGAAGGAGAGUAACACCUGUUGAUAAAAGUCCACUUUCUGAAUUAAAUCGAGCUAUUGGAAAUAACUUUAAAGAUUAUGUUUAUUCAGAACAAGAGCCAAGGAAGGAGAAAAUUAAAGUAUUAUUUAAAUAUGACAAGAUAAACCCAGGACUUGGACCAUGGCCAAGUUAUGAAGAUUUAAAGAAAAACGGGAUGGAUGUUAACACAUCAAUGAUUAUUGAACUUGACCCCCGUGAUGAAUUGGAGAAAACACUAAUUACUAAACCUUCUAAAAGAGGUGAAAUUAAGACAAUAGCUGAGGCACGUGAGUCACAACAAAGGUGGCUUGAAAGAAGUCAAAGUGAAGGUAAGAUUAAAAUAAUAAUAUUCUAUUUAAUAGAUUGGCCUUUGACGUAUGAAGAGUUUAAGGAGCUUCCACUUGACAUGAGGGAAGCUUACUAUGAAAAUAGAUUCAAAGUCAGUUAUAAAUUUAUUAGUGAGAUGGAUGAACAAUUUCUUAUGGUCUUGAAUUACAGACGAGCACUUGAAAAUAAAAAGGUUAAACUGAAUCCUAUGGAGUUUGAUUUAAUUGAGUCGGACCACAAAUACACACCCAAAUACACACCAGUUCUAGAAGACCUGAAAAAUGUUAGCUAUAUAAUUCUAAAAAUGUUUAGUGGGAUGAUCCUCUGGAAUAGCGAACGAGGCAAUAAGGUAUUCAUAGUAACCAAACAAAUAUAUCAGGGACUAGGUUUGAGAUUUCACUCAGGAAUUGACGUUUAUGAUAUUACAUGGCUGCCAGGAGUUGUAAAAAUACUAGUUGUGAGGACCAGGAACGAGUGUGAUAACAUCAGUGCGGAUGAGCUGAAGCUCAUGUUAUUGAAACUAGGUUAUAUAAACUUAAUUAAUAGAAAAAGACUGGAACAAUUGGAUGAAGAGGAACAUACUGAAGUGAUGAAAAACCACAUGUUGGCACUUUGUUCUAAACCAGAUCACAGCAAAGUAUUACACUCGAGAAGAGAAUGGAAUGAGAACACUGGAAAGAAAGUCGUAAUAAAGAUGAACGAUUUAGAAAAAACUGAAUAUAAAGGAGUGUUGAUGGGAUCAGACAGUGUAUUUGGAAUAAAUAUCAAGGUUGAUGAUAAGAAAAUAACAUUACCACUCCCAUUUGUUUAUGAGGUUUCAACAGUUAAUAAAAAUGUAUUUAUAGAUCGUUUUGGACUAAAACAUUGUAUUUCAUUUUUAAAUUUAAAAUGA